CCUACUUCCGUUUAACCAAACUAAAGAAGUAGAAGAAGCGGAAGCAGUUGUUCGUAGGCUGCAGCUAGCUCGCAAUCUCAUGUUGUACUUUUGAACUUUUUUUAACAGUUAAAAUGGACAAACUGAACAAACCACAGGAGUUUGAUUCGUAUGAGAUCGAGGAGCCCAGUGAUGAGGACAGAGCUGAGAGCAGUUCGGAGGACGAGCUGGACGUGCUGCUAAACGGGACCCCGGAGCAGAAGAAGAAGCUGAUCAGAGAGUAUCUGACAGGGGAGAGUGAGUCGUCCAGCGGAGAUGAGUUUGAGAAGGAGAUGGAGGCUGAGCUCAGCACAACCAUCAAGACCAUCGAGGGAACCUGGACACCGUCAACAGCAGUAGAAACCUCAGGAGGAGUUGGAGGAGGUGGCGGAGGCGGCGCCCCCGGCGCCCCCCCUGGACUUCCUAACCCUGAGAUGUACGAUGACGUGUACUUCGACUCUGACUCAGAGGGCGAGGACAUGCCAAGCAGCUCCACUGGCCGGAAGCGGAGACAGCGGGCCGUACUGACCAAUGACGAGCUGCUGUAUGACCCCGACGAGGACGACAGGGACCAGGCCUGGGUGGACGCCAGGAGGAGACGGUAUAACGGCAGAAAGUGUACCGCCGCAGGGUCUCGGUCGCAGCCUCAGAGUUUACGGAGCAGCGACGCCGUGCUCAACUGUCCCGCCUGCAUGACGACGCUCUGCCUGGACUGUCAGAGGCACGACAAGUACCGGACGCAGUACCGAGCCAUGUUCGUCAUGAACUGCACGGUGAAGAGGGACGAAGUGCUGCGCUACAAAAUCCAGCAGGAGAUGAAACGGAGGAAGAGGAAGAGGAGGAGGGGACAGAAAACGGAGACUCCUCUGGACGAGACUCCGGACCCGGCGCCGGCGGGGUUGGUAGCUGAUGAGAUUUACCACCCUGUUUGGUGCACAGAGUGCUCCACUGAGGUGGCUGUGUUCGAUAAAGACGAGGUCUACCAUUUCUUCAACAUCCUGGCCAGCCACUGCUGAGACAGACGAGCAGACAGUUUUUUUUUAUUUCAUGAGUUUGCCUGAGACUAUUCACCUCACAGCAGCUGUUUCAGCUACAGUUUUGAAGAAGAAGAAGAAGAAGAAGAACCAGUCUGACUGCUUCUAUCUGUCUGAGAGCGCAGAAUCUCGCUGUGGCCGCUCUGAGUGCAUCGAUCAAUCUGCCAGGAUCGGCUCACAGACACUCUGAGUCAUAAAAUUCUGAAUAGCAGUGGAAUGUCGGCGGCACAUCGUCUAUCUGUGACAUUUUUUAAAUAUGUCACAAAAAUAGGAAUUUGACACUGAAAAUCUGCUUGUUUCAGCUCGAAUGGUCAAUACUGGAAUGAAGACACAAAAGCCCCAAUUUUGAGGAAGAUACCGAUAUUAAUAUUUGAGAAUUACAAAGGCUGGAUAGCGAUAUAUUGGCCAGUAUCCAUUUCUUUUUACCUACACACCCAAAUAUUUUUUAUACGAUUUGGUAACUUGGCUAUUUAGCAUUCAUCAGUACAUAAAUAUUAAUCAAAUGGUUUAUAACACUCUAUGGCUGUAAGCAGAUAUAAUUGUUUUAUUAUUGUAUUUGUCAACAACUAUAACUCCUUCCAUAAGUGGAGGCUGCUGUAUAAACAGUUGUAAUAAUAUAAAAUGUCUCCAAAGGAGAAGUUCUAAUUAUUGACAAAUACUGUCCAUUAAAGUGCCCUUAUAGCUGUGUACAACUACAUUAUAGGGUGUUAUAAAAAUAGUUAUUAAAUGUUUGUACAUUGCUCAUGAAUGCUAAAUAAAGGGGCUUAAAGUGAAAUGUUACUAUUUAAGAUAUGUACUGAGAGGGAUAUUUUACAGUCCAAAUAAACUUGCCAGUGCUUUCUGUUGACCAA